UUCUCUUCCUGUUACUUUCGCGUGGUUUUGUUUUCCGGAAGCGUGAUUCCUUUGAUCAAACUAGUUAACGCCACAGUAUCGAGAGCUGUACGGUGCGAGAGAUGUAACGAGCGAGUCUCCUUUCCAGCUCUGUCUUUCAGCUUAACAAGCAAAGACCAGCGUUAGCUGCCUGGUGGGUUAUGGAAAUAGACGGUCGAGACUUUCUGAAGACCCCUUCUGUGAAGACGGUCAGGUUUGGAGGUAGUGUUGCGGAGACGUUAGAGAAACACAAACACGGAGACUCGAGUGAUUAUGAACUCCUGAAACAUCAGCUGGUUGAUCCUGAGAUAAAGGAUGCUCAGAUCAUCAACUGGCUGCAAGAAUUUCGGUCUAGUGUGACCCACCUGACCAAGGAUCAUGAACAGCUCAUUUAUACUAUACUGAGGCUUCCUUGGCUGGGCCGGAGCCAGGCUGUGGUGGACGAGUACCUGGCCUUUCUGGGUAACCUGGUGUCAGCACAGACUGUCUACUUGUGUGCCUGCCUUAACAUGGUGGUCUCCCACUUCACCCCCAAGAGAGUGACCAUCUGUGAAGGAGGAGUGGAUAUCUCCGAUUCAGAUGAUGAAGAUGAGAAUCUACCCAGAAACUUCGAUCACUGUCACCAGGCGCUGCAGCUCAUCAUCAGAUACGUGCCCUCCACAAGUCGCUUUCUGAUGCCCAUUUUGCAAGAAAACUUUCCCUUCAUACAGAAAUCCUCAAGAACACUGGAGUGUUACGUCCAUAACCUCCUGAGGAUAACAGUGUACGUCCCCUCCAUUCGACGAGACCUACUUGAGCUGAUCAUUGGAAAACUGCUGAAGCUGGAUGUGAACGCAUCCCGCACACAUAUUGAGGAGGCUGAAGAAAACCGAGUGCAGACCCAGAAAGCAGAGGAGCAGACUGAGGAGUGUCUUUUUGACAUGGAUGAAGACGUGUCAGCAGAUGAGCCCACCAGGACGACUGUGAUGGCCCAUCCAGUGGCAGAAAGACUAGAUACUCUCAUGGCCGUGCUUAUGGCUUACAUCAAGGAUGUCUGCUACGUUGAUGGGUCUUUUCAUGCGGAAAGGACAAAGGAGCUGUACAGAGAUUUGUUGACUGUAUUUGACAAGCUCAUUCUGCCAACACAUGCUUCUUGUCAUGUGCAGUACACUCUCUUUUACCUCUGCAGCUUCAAACCGGCCCUGGCAGAGGCCUUCUUGGAUCACCUGUGGAAGAUCCUGCAGAACCCGUCUCUGCCUGCUGUCCUUCGCCAGGCUGCUGCUGGAUACCUGGGAAGUUUCCUGGCCCGAGCCAAGUUCAUCCCAUUGAGCACUGUGCGGGCCUGUCUUGAUUUACUGAGCUCCUGGAUCCAUCAGUACAUCUACAGCCAGGACAGCUGUGGGAAACAAGUCUGCUGUGACGUCAGCUUGCACGGGCCCUUCUACACUUCCUGCCAGGCUGUCUUCUACACGAUCAUCUUCAGACACAGAGCAUUGCUAGAGGCCAACAUGAAGAAAGGUCUGGAAUACCUGCAGAGUCUGAACCUGGAGCAGGUGGUGAUGUGUCAGCUGAAUCCUCUCAGAGUCUGCCUACCUUCAAUCACCAACAUGUUUGCUGCCAUCACAAGGAAGUACCAAGUGGUGUUCUGCUACACCAUCAUAGAGAGGAACAACCGGUGUGUGCUGCCAGUGGUCCGCAGCUCUGCAGGAGGAGACUGUGUGACCACCAACACCAACCCACUCGACAGUUUUUUCCCCUUCGACCCCUACCUGCUCAAGAGGUCUGGUCAGCUCAUUGAACCGUUGUACCAGGUUUGGGAUGAUCUAUCAGACACAGAGCCAUUUCCCACCAAAAGAGGGCAACAGGGCUCGAAGGAGGAUGAGGAUGAUUUCCUAUGUGGAGAGACGCCUCAAGCCGAGGGCAUUGUGGGACUGACGCCCAACUCCUAUGAUUCAAAUUUCCACAGUCCAAGCAGCUUAGGCUCACCACCCAACACCCUCCAGAGGCCAUUUUAGUUUCAUUUGUAUGGCAUGUACUAGUAAGGGCUGUUGACUUCUUCAAGUUGUGAAGAAAGACAGCAGAUCCUGUACCAUAUGAUGCUUUUAUAAGCUCCAACCACAGUCUGAAGAACACCAGCCCAGGACAACAUGGUUGUGACUGAAGCACUUUUUAGAUCUGGGAUAACAUUAUUUUAUUAAAGUGACAGAAUUCAGACAUUGA